UGGCAACGGAUCUCAUGCGACUUUUCGUCUCUCUUUUCUGACUUUCUAAUUUAUUUUUACUUUACCAAUUUGAAAUCUUCCCCGGCAAGGCAAGGCGAGAAAUCAAAACAGUAUUUAAAAACUGCGUAACUUUUCUUUUAUAAUAAGUUGCCACCAACUACCACAGGAUCAAGAGAGAGAAGAAGAAAAACAAAUCUGUCGGUCCUAAAAUCUCAAAACGUCGGCGUUUCUUGAAAACUUCUCCGAUGCAGAGCCCGACUCUGGAUUUUAACAGACUUGAGGUUUUGUCAUUGCUUGGGCGUGGCGCUAAAGGGGUUGUGUUCUUGGUUAAAGACAAGGAAGAUGAUAAACAGCUUGCUUUGAAGGUUAUACUUAGAGAAGCGAUCGAGAAAAAGAAGAAGACCACAAAGAAGGAUGAGUACAGGCGCGUGAGUUUCGAACAAGAAGUAUUGAGCAGAUUCGAUCAUCCUCUCUUCCCUUCUCUUCACGGUGUAAUAUCAACAGAUAAAGUAAUCGGUUAUGCGAUCGAUUAUUGUCCUGGAAAAAAUCUCAACUCCCUGAGGAUUAUGCAAUCGGAAAGCAUGUUCUCCGACGAGAUCAUCAGGUUCUACGCGGCGGAGCUUGUACUCGCGUUCGAAUAUUUGCAUAAUCAAGGAAUCGUUUACAGAGAUCUGAAGCCAGAUAACGUGAUGAUCCAAGACAAUGGACAUUUAAUGCUCGUGGACUUCGAUCUCUCAACGAAUCUCCCUCCGAGAACGCCGUCACCGUCACCAUCCACGGAAACAACUCCGUCCCCGGCUAGGAGGAAGAAACGUCUCUUCCGAUUCGCUAGUUUCUGCAGCUCGGGAAUCUCCUCGGAGGAAGAAUCGAAUUCGAUGCGCUUAUCAUCAUCAUCGUCGACAUUGGCCGUGUCAGAUUCUUCAGGAGAGAAGUCGAACUCCUUCGUCGGAACGGAGGAGUACGUCGCGCCGGAGGUUAUCACCGGAGGAGGUCACGAUUUCGCCGUCGAUUGGUGGUCGUUAGGUGUGGUUCUGUACGAGAUGCUUUAUGGGACGACGCCGUUUAGGGGAUCGAACCGGAAAGAGACGUUUUUCCGGAUUUUAUCUAAACCGCCGAAUCUUGUUGGUGAAACGACGUCGUUGCGUGAUCUGAUUAGAAGGCUCUUGGAGAAAGAUCCUAGCCGUAGGAUUAGCGUUGAAGAAAUCAAGGGUCAUGAAUUCUUCAGAGGGGUAGAUUGGGAGAAAGUGUUAUUAGUUUCUAGACCGCCGUAUAUUCCGGCGCUCGAUGAUGGAGGUGAUACAGGUAAAGAUGGAAAUACGAAAAUGGAUGUGGAGAAUAUUGUCCAAGAGAUUUUUGCUGCACGAGAAGAACGUGAGGAACGGAAGGAUGAUAAUAGUAAUGCUGAUAUGAAGAUUAAAGGUGAAAAAGGUGGAGAAUGGGUGAGGGGGUUGAAUAACAAUAACGAUUUGGAAAGUGAUAAUAAUUUUUUGGUAUUUUAAUUCAAUUUUUUCAGUUUUUAACACUGAGGAGAAUGUUUAUGUUACGAGGAUAAUCAACUAUUAUGUGGUUUAGAUUUAAUUAGUACUAAAUUCUGAAAGG